CGUCGCGUCGCUCCUCCAGCAACAACGAACCAACGGCUGAGAGUAGAGUACGUGAAGUUAAGUGAAGUGAAGAGACGCUUUGCAUUGCAGUUGCCACCGCUUCCCACGCGGCCGUCGUCGUCGCCAUGGACCUCCUCUUCGUGGAGAGGCUCCUCGUCGGCCUCCUCGCAGCCGCCGUGGUCGCGAUCGCCGUGUCCAAGCUCCGCGGCCGGAAGCUCCGCCUGCCACCCGGCCCCACCCCGGUGCCCGUCUUCGGCAACUGGCUGCAGGUCGGCGACGACCUCAACCACCGCAACCUGGCGGCGCUGGCGCGGAGGUUCGGCGACAUCUUCCUCCUCCGGAUGGGGCAGCGCAACCUGGUGGUGGUCUCCUCGCCGCCGCUGGCGCGGGAGGUGCUCCACACGCAGGGGGUGGAGUUCGGGUCGCGCACCCGCAACGUGGUGUUCGACAUCUUCACCGGCAAGGGGCAGGACAUGGUGUUCACCGUGUACGGCGACCACUGGCGAAAGAUGCGGCGGAUCAUGACGGUGCCGUUCUUCACCGGCAAGGUGGUGCAGCGGCACCGCGCCGGGUGGGAGGCCGAGGCCGCGGCCGUGGUGGACGGCCUCCGCGCCGACCGCCGCCGCCGCCUGCAGCUCAUGAUGUACAGCAACGUGUACCGCAUCAUGUUCGACCGCCGGUUCGAGAGCGCGGACGACCCGCUGUUCCUCCGCCUCAAGGCGCUCAACGGCGAGCGCAGCCGCCUCGCGCAGAGCUUCGAGUACAACUACGGCGACUUCAUCCCCAUCCUCCGCCCCUUCCUCCGCGGCUACCUCAGGAUCUGCGAGGAGGUCAAGGAGACCCGCCUCAAGCUCUUCAAGGACUUCUUCCUCGAGGAGAGGAAGAAGCUAGCGAGCACCAAGGCCAUGGACAACAAUGGGCUCAAAUGCGCCAUUGAUCACAUCCUGGAGGCGCAGCAGAAGGGGGAGAUCAACGAGGACAACGUGCUCUACAUUGUCGAGAACAUCAAUGUUGCCGCGAUCGAGACGACGCUGUGGUCGAUGGAGUGGGCGAUCGCGGAGCUAGUGAACCACGGGGAGAUCCAGGAGAAGCUGCGCCGGGAGCUGGACACGGUGCUCGGCCCGGGGCGUCAGAUCACGGAGCCGGACACGCACAGGCUCCCCUACCUGCAGGCCGUGGUCAAGGAGACGCUCCGGCUGCGCAUGGCCAUCCCGCUGCUGGUGCCGCACAUGAACCUCCGCGACGCCGAGCUCGCCGGGUACGGCAUCCCCGCCGAGAGCAAGGUGCUCGUCAACGCGUGGUACCUCGCCAACGACCCCGGGCGGUGGCGGCGGCCGGAGGAGUUCCGGCCGGAGAGGUUCCUCGAGGAGGAGAGGAACGUCGAGGCCAACGGCAACGACUUCAGGUACCUGCCGUCCGGCGCCGGGCGGCGGAGCUGCCCCGGCAUCGUCCUCGCGCUGCCCAUCCUCGGCGUCACCAUCGGCCGCCUCGUCCAGAACUUCGAGCUGCUGCCGCCGCCCGGGAAGGACAGGGUCGACACCACCGAGAAGGGUGGGCAGUUCAGCCUCCACAUCCUGAAGCACUCCACCAUUGUCGCCAAGCCGAGAGCGUUCUAGAGUGCACACUAACUAGACAGUGAACUGCAUCGUCUUCUCUGUUCCUCUAGAAGUAUCAACCCCAUUGUUUGGUUUACUCGUCGAAUAAGCCAAACGAUAUAUAUAUUUGUAAACUAGAACUAAUUUGUGAAUAAAAUUUUUAUAUAUAUGUUA